AGAGGGAUUGUGGGGGCGUGUUUAUGGAGAGGUAUAGUGGGACCCAAGCAAUGGAGGAGCCCAUGUGGCAGUUGGGACUCGGUGGUGGGCCCGAACCGUACCCCGUGAGGCCCAAUGAGCCCGAUUGUAUCUAUUUCAUGAGAACAGGGUUCUGUGGGUACGGCAGUCGGUGCAGGUUCAAUCAUCCCCAUGAUCGGAAUUCGGCAAUGGGAUCUGUAAGGACUAGUGGAGUUGAUUAUCCUGAGCGCAUGGGUCAACCUGUCUGUCAGUACUACAUGCGGACUGGGAUGUGUAAAUUUGGGUCUACUUGCAAGUAUCACCAUCCAAAGUAUGGAGUCGGAUCUUCAGCUCCCAUCACACUCAACUUCUAUGGAUAUCCAUCGAGACCGGGAGAAAAGGAAUGUUCGCAUUAUAUGAAAACCGGGCAGUGCAGGUUUGGUGUUACGUGUAAAUUCCACCACCCACAACCGUCCGGUAUACAAGUGCCUGGUUUAGCUGCUCCACCAGCUGGGCCUACAGCUGCAGUUUAUCCAACCAUGCAAUCUCCUUCUCUUCAAACUUCUCAACAAUAUGGGCUUUUUCCUGGGAAUUGGCCCGUCGCUAGGCCCAACAUUAUUCCGGGCCCAUAUGUUCCUGGAGGUUAUAGUCAUAUGGUCCUACAGCCUACAGGAGUUAUCCCUGUUCCCGGUUGGGCUCCCUAUGCAACACCUGGGGCCUCUCCAAGUACCCAACCUACUGUUGGUGGCGGUUCGAUUUACGGGAUAACACAGUUAUCUCCUUCUAUUGGCCAGUCGAGUAGCAACCAAAAGGAACAUGCAUUUCCCGAAAGACCCGGUCAACCAGAAUGUCAGUAUUAUUUGAGGACAGGAGAUUGUAAAUUUGGCUCUACGUGUAAAUAUCAUCAUCCACGCGAGUUGGCUGCACCAACAAUGAAUUUUUCACUACUCAGUCCCAUGGGUCUCCCUUCACGCCCGGGCAUGCCGAUUUGUUCUCACUAUGCGCAAAGCGGGAUGUGCAGAUUUGGGCCCUCGUGCAGGUUUGACCACCCAAUGGGCUCUAUGAGCUACAGCCCAUCAGCAUCGUCUCUAACCGACAUGCCUGUGGCCCCUUACCCUGUGGGGUCCACGAGCACAGCAUUGGCUCCUUCGUCAUCCUCAUUGGACCUCAGGCCCGAAAAUCUUUCCGGGCCCAACAAAGAUUCGGUAUCCCAAAUACCUACUGUGAACAGCUCAAGUACGUCGGUGGGCUCGAUUCUCUCGAAAAGUGGGCCCACGCCUCAAUCGGGCUCCUCGAAAGUUGUUCCUGCUAAUACCUUAUCCCCCGAUACUAAAAUAUGGUUGAACCUAUGUACUAUGUGCAUUGUUUUUGCAGUUAUACAUUCGGACCAGAGUUCCUUAAAUAUCUCAAAUGAGCUCUUGAGUUGUGAACCUAUGAUGACGUGUGGCGAGGAAAAAUCCAUUGCUGAUAUCGGAGGUGAUUCAGAAAUGCAGGUAGAGGUACCUUUAGCUCCUGUUCUCAGCUAUGCCGAGGAGGUGUCUAUGAUGGUCAACACUGUCAUUCAAGUUGUCAUUGGGUUAGAUGCUGUGAUUGAUAUGGCUAGCAUACUAGAUAAGCAGCCACAUGUUAGGCAACUCGUUGGAGAUAUUUUCCAAUCCCUUAAGCUUGCUGAUAAAGAUGGUGAGCAAGUAGCUGCAACUCUUGGUGCACAAGUGAGAAAGUUGUUUGGAAGUUCCGAGUUUAUAAAGGCAUGUGUUGACACACAUGAGGAGGAUCCUAUGCUGUUAGCACACAUUAAAGCGUUCUCAUUGGAUGCAAAUGACCAAGUACGACUGGAAUAUCUGAAGAGGGAUGCCUUGUUUGGAUUCUUUUUGGCUCCGAAACAAGACUUUUUCCGUAUGAGGGAAGUCUUGGCAAUUAUACUGGGGUAUUGGAGCGAUCAAAGCUUGUAUCUCAAGUUGAUUGAUGAGAUCAAGAAAGCAGGCGUGGAACUUCAGCGGGUAGAUGUAAUUAUAGCUGAUGAUGUUGAUUAUCCUUGUACUGUGCAGGGUUUCAAAGAUAUGCUGAAAGAUAACUAUACAAAGGAUGUUUAUGAGAAGAUAUGUGAAAAGAAUGAUCUUGAUAAACUUUCUCGCAAAGUAUGUGGCCUGUCUCAAAGCGCGAUAAAAUGGCUGUGGAUUGAGUGGCGUGACGAAAAUACCAUCAACGUGCAAAUCGCCGGUUGGUUGAGAACUUCUGCUAUGAAGUUUGGCAUGCCGAUUUGUUCUCACUAUGCGCAAAGCGGGAUGUGUAGAGUCGGGCCCUCGUGCAGGUUUGACCACCCAAUGGGCUCUAUGAGCUACAGCCCAUCAGCAUCGUCUCUAACCGACAUGCCUGUGGCCCCUUACCCUGUGGGGUCCACGAGCACUGCAUUGGCUCCUUCGUCAUCCUCAUUGGACCUCAGGCCCGAAAAUCUUUCCGGGCCUAACAAAGAUUCGGUAUCCCAAAUACCUACCGUGAACAGCUCAAGUACGUCGGUGGGCUCGAUUCUCUCGAAAAGUGGGCCCACGCCUCAAUCGGGCUCCUCGAGU